AUGACCAAUCUAACAAAUAGCUCCAUUAAUAGGAGGCCACUACAGAAUGUAGAGGGAAAUAAUAGGUGCCAAAGGAAGGCAAAAAUCUAUGGAAACAAAUAUUUCAUUCACUGCCUUCAUCUUGAGAAAAUAACCCUCUCCUCAAGAAGAAAACAAGACAUAGAAGGUGGAGACAAGUUAAAUGUGACUUGCCGCGCUUCCUGUCCGCGGUCACGUAGGCAGCGGAAAGCCGUACCAGGCGCCUGCGCGCUGGGAAGGGUAGGCUCAGAGUGCUUUCCGGAACCCGGUGAGUGGUGGAUUGCGCAGGCGGCCGGAUUCCACUCAGUUUCCGGUCCGGCGAACACCAAAGUCCAGGAAUCUAAGCAUUUUCAGUUUCUGGGAUUGUUAGGAAGCUGCAGGAGCGAGAUGGAGGUGGACGCACCGGUUGUUGAUGGUCGAGAUGGUCUCCGGGAGCGGCGAGGCUUGAGCGAGGGAGGGGGGCAGAACCUCGAUGUGCGGCCUCGGUCUGGGGCAAACGGGCUUCCCAAACACUCUUACUGGUUGGACCUCUGGCUCUUCAUCCUUUUCGAUGUGGUGGUGUUUCUCUUUGUGUAUUUUUUGCCAUGACUCGUUUGCUGAUACCUAAAUUAAGAAGUUGGUUCUUGAGUGAAUUCUGAAAAUGGCUACAAUCUUCUUGAAUAAAGAAGACAAGACUCUCAACAGAAGAAUUUCACAUCUCCAAGGGACCCUUCCUUUCAUUUUACACUUUGUUACUAAUUUGCAGAACUCUAUUAAAUGGGUAGGAUUUCACCCAUUCCUAGCUAAGUUGUUAAAAUUAAACCAUCUGGUUCGUGUUUAAAAACUUUCCAACAUCUAAUGGCUUUACAGGAGCUGAAUAUAAAAACAUUUAUAUUUAAAGGUCUUGUGUAUUCAUUAAGAAAUAUAGUAAUGUCUUUUAAUGUUUUAAGAGUUGAUCAGGAUUUAAUAUGAUGCAAGUAAUAGGGUGAUUAAUAAGGGAAGGUUUUUAUGAAUUCAAAAGCCAAUUCAAAAGCAAGGAAAGAUUUUGAGAGAGGGAACAAAGUAUUCUUAGAUUGCAUAGAGGCUAAGUUCCAGUUUUAAUUUUUAGGUUUAGUUGGACUCUGUUAUGAAAAGAUAGGUUAUGGGUGGACGACAGGUUAAUACAGUUUUAGAAAAAGCAGGUAAUACCAAAAUAUUGGAAAGCUAGCAUGCAUGCCGUCUUACCUUGGUAUCUUCCCCUUUUUUCCUUUUAAACUCUUGAGCCUCCUAGAACGAAGGAUUAUGUGUUUCAAACCUAUUUUUUAUUACUGUUGCAUUAAGUGUGCUUGUGCCCAAAACAUUUAUUUUUAUAAUAUCUGUAACUUGCUUAAAUACUUCAGUGAAGUCAGCAUAUUUACUCAUUCAACAAAUAUUUGAGCCAGGCAUUAUUUUAGACACAGCAGUGAACAGAACAAAAAGGCAUUCUUGCCUUCAUAGAGCUUACAUUCUUACUGUUAUUUAAAUCUAAAUGUUAUAAAACAAGAAUUUACAUUCUAGGGUUGAUCAGCUGGUAUUUAAUCAAAAAGGCCACACUCCCAUAGCAGCUACUCUAAGCUGUAGUAGCUAAUAAAAAAUAAUACUGUUGGCCGGGCGCAGUGGCUCACGCCUAUAAUCCCGGCACUUUGGGAGGCCAAGGGCAGUGGAUCACUUGAGGUCAAGAGUUGUGAGACCAUCCUGGCCAACCUGGUGAAACCCUGUCUCUA